GACAAGCAGGGUGCCCAGCCUGCACACCCGGGAGACUUGGCAAGAGUGCUUUAUACAGUCAGUCACAGAUCUUAAUGCAAACCCAGGCCCACCAAUUAGGGGCUUACAGCACACAGUCUGAACCAAUCAUAAUAGAACAAAGUUUCAGCAUUGUAAAGUUCCCCCCAAUCAGGAGCAUAGAACAGGGCCAGUUACCCAAUUACCGUAAAGGUCAGACUACAUAGCUAGUAACAUGGAGAGUAUGCACCAAUCACCCUUUGCCAGCACUUCUGAAGACUCCAGUCUAUAGGUUGUCCCAACAAUUCCUUCAAUUCCCUCCAAAUAGCAUCUGGAUACAUUGUGUUACCAUAGCAACCCUUGCAGCAGUGCUGAAGUCCAUAACUCACAGGCCUGGCUUAGAUACCUGACUAGGCCCCAACCAGACCCAAAUAAAGGUUUUCUUGGUCAAUGGGAAACACAGGGUCGCUUUUUCAUUCAGCUGCACAAGAGCCUUGAAAGGGAGGCCACAAGAAAGAUGGAAGGCCUGCUUUGUGCCUGAAGCAACUCCCUGAGUCUUGAGACCCCAAAACUCUCCAUCCAUUGAUCAGCAAUGAAUUGUCACCAAUUCUUCAGAGUUCCUCUUGUGACGCUCCUCUUGUUCACAUCCCGAGUCUGUGGAGGAAAAGCCAGCUCACUGUAGCAAAUUCCAUCCUGGUCCACAAAAAGGGGGACGGGGACCUCCUGUUAUUUGUGUGAGGGGUUAAAUUUCCAGGCUGUCCAUUCCAGAAGCUGAGAGAGGUCCAAAGGCAGGACUGAACCAGAUCAAGCUCCACACUCUCCACUCCUAACCAAUACUAUUGGUUUUCAACUCCUAGAAAACUAGUGAAGUGGCUAGGAAAAGGUUUCCAUGACCACCUGGGAAGAGCCAGUGUGGUGUAGUGGUUAGAGUGCUGGACUAGGACCAGGGAGACCCGAGUUCAAAUCCCCAUCCAGCCAUGAGACUUGCUGGGUGACUCUGGGCAUACUUCACAGGGUUGUUGUGAGGAGAAACUAUAGCCAUCAGGAUCAGUAGCCACAGAUGGAAUUGUCCUCCACCAAUUUGCCUAAGCUCUGCUUAAGGCCAUCCAAGCUGGUGGCCAUCACCACAUCCCAGGGUGGAGAAUUCCAUAGAUGAAUGAUGUGCGGUGUGGGAAAGUGCUUCCUUUCCAUGGUCCUAAAUUUCCUGGCCUUCAGUUUCACAGGAUGACCCCAGGUUCUAGUGUUGCAAGAGAGGAAGAAGAACUUCUUCCUAUCCAUCUUCUCCACACCAUUCCUCAUUUUGCAGACCUCUCUCAUGUCUCCCCGUUGUCACCUCUUUUCCAAACUAAAAAGUCCCAGUCAGAAAGGAGAAGAAUCGAUCUGUAGUGGAGCUGAAGUGCAGGACUCCCAAGGCAGCACUCUCAGCAAUGCUACCUGCUCCCCACACAGGGACAGCCAGACAGGCAGAGCUGAGGAGGGGUCUCCAUGCAUGGAUGAGGCCUUGGUGCCGGGAGGAGGGGGUUCGAUUUGUUAGGCACUGGCAUGUUGGAGAUGGAGUUGCAGUGCCUGGACCAUUUCCACCAACUGUCCUAAUGACCACUAGGGGCACUGGGAGUAGAGACCGCGAGUGAGGGUCUCCCUAACAAUUCCAGCUGACUCUAUUCGAGGACCCCUGAUAGGACUCCUCAGCUGCUCAUUCACAGGGAGGCACAGAAAUACCACAGCAGUUGACCCAGGUGUAGGCAUCUCCUGGAGAGACCAGAAAUAUCACCUGUGACCUUCCAGAUGGAGAUGCUGUGUGGAAAACGACGUGGUACAAAGAGGAGCAGGACAGAAGCCUGCGCAUGAUUGAACCAAGUUACAACGAGAGAACAGCAGGAGCAAAGGUCCGUAAAGCUAUUCUGACCCUCAGGAAUAUACAAAGAAAACUCUCUGGGAUUUAUUAUUGUGCCACAACCAUCAAUAAAGCAUUCAGAAUCCUGAGCGGGACGAGGCUCAUCAUCAGAGGAACCCCUAGCCUCUCCAUCCUGGCACCGUCCUCCUUGACGGGGGCUCCGCUUAUUCACAGUAUCCCCCUACUCUGCCUCGUCUUUGAUGCACACCUUGACUGGGGUGAAAUCUCCUGGAAUAUUGGUGGGGAGACAUCUCGGGACCAGAAGGACGCUGACAUGGUCGAUGGAGAAGGAGUCUUCAGCAUCUGGAGUUUGAAGCUGAUGCCUCCAGAGUUAUGGACCCAAGGGAUGUCUUACUCCUGCUCCAUCCAAGAAAACAGAAACAUCAGUGCUGUGCUGUCCACACAGACAGUGUCCACAAACACAGGAAACUGUGCUUCUAUGUUAUAUUUGGGGAUCCGCCGUUUUUUCAUCCUCCUCUUAAUCCUGGCUUUUGCCCUGAUCAUCAGAAUGCAUCUUGCCCAAGGAAAUGUAGAACAACCUGCAGAUCAAAUACCCAUGAGGGAGAUCCCAGAGGGCUGGGUUGGCAGGCAGCUCAACAGGACAGGCCUGCAGGCGGUUUGCAGAGGCGGCGUCUGGAGUGACAUAGGCAGGAGCUCUUCUUUGCAGUACUGGCCACUGUGCAAGAUACAAAUCAAUAAAUGUGGUUUCUUCCUGAGGAAGCCACCAUUUUCACAAGUUGACUCAAACGUUCCACCGGCCAAGGACAGCAGAGCAAAACAGUUUGCAUAGAGGAGACCUUUAAGUUGUUUUUGAAGCUCUCUUGUAAAUUUCUGCGCACUGCUCCUAGAAAAGAGAGGCAUUUGUAAUGCAAAUGAGCAUCCUGGGACAACAAAAGGUGAGCAUUGAACGUUCACAGGAUGACCCGGACUGCUUUAAGCCCCACUGGGGACUCUCAUCCUAACACAGUGUCUGCAGAAGGACAUUGCACUCUGUGUUUUUUUUAAUUAAAAAAAAUUAAAAACACAUCUUUUAAAAGAGGCUU